AUGGAGCAUAACUUCCAUGAGCAAUUCUAUCGGCCGGAGCUAGAAGUUUCAAUGGCCGACUUGGCGAAGUUAAGCCAGAAGCCAAAUGAGUUGAUCCAAGAAAACUUGGGGCGAUUUGGAGAAGCAAGGGCUAGGUACACGGUAAAUAUGUCGGAGCACGAGUUUGCAAAAUUGGCCCAAUGA